AUGACGGACUCCCGUCUCCUCUCAUUGGAUGAUCUCAGGGACUUCUCUUCACCUCGUGCGCGUGGCACAACAAGUGUACACUGGAAGCACUUUGGUAGAUCUCGUGACUCCUCACCGAGCCUCUUUACAUCUGGCUUCCAGGACCUCUCUACGCGACACUACAGUCCUCCAGACACCUGGACCCUGGACAAAGUUUCGGCAACGUUCACGGCAGGGCCGAGCCUCAGCACUUUCUCCGUCUUUCCUGAGGGCCAGGGUACCGAAGCUACUCCUCUCUCCAUUACCCUGCCUUCCCAGCCUCGCGCCUCAUCUGCUCGACUUCCUAUCACGGCUUCCUUAGGCCUGCAAAUUCCUAUCAGCUCAUCUCCUACAAGGCGGCGCGAGCGACAGAGACCGGCUCUUGGUCGCUUCAUCGACUUGGACUUUUCUCCCAAUAAUCUGCCGGGCCUCACUCCACCCUCUCUCCGUAGUUCAGACACUUUCCCUUCCCCCUUAUUGUUACGUCGUUCAUUUACAGCUGCCCGAAAAUUCCCCAGCACCAGCGAGGAUCCGGGUUUGAGACGGCAUACUAGUCUGCGUCGUGAUACCGGCCUGAAUACCUCCCUUCCCGAUACUCUUCCGCAUUUGACCUGA